GGGAGAAAAGAUAAAAGCUUCAAGAAGCUAAAAAACUCACUUUGUUUUAGGGGGGAUAUUAUUGCAAAAGCUCCAUAAUAAUUUUAUCCACCAUUGAGUUUAUACUUAGGAGUGUUUGAUAUACAUAUUUAUAGUGGAGUGAAUAAUUAUUGAAUUGUUUAGUGAUAAAAAUGAAGGCAAUUAUUAUUAAUCAGGUCGUUCUGUUCGCUGUCCUUGCUUUUACAUUGACCAGCUGUCAAAAAAAGACAGGAGACGAAGGCCGUCCUUACGAAUUCGGAUUUACCAUCGAUGGAGAACAACAUCGAUAUGAAAAGAAAGAUGACAAAGGCAUCGUACAAGGAGAAUUCGGAUUCAUCACAGCAGACGGAAUUUAUCACGUGACAGUAUACGCAACAGAUGAAAAUGGAAAAUUUAAAAUCCUAAGCAUGAAAAAUCUUCGUAUAAGUGCUCCUCUGGAUGGUUCACCGUUCAAAGGCGAAAUCUCCCCCGAAGCCAACAAAUACCGUAAACAAGCUAAUUUGCCUCUUUUGCCGGCACCCAAUGCUUUGUCUAUACCUGAAGCACAGAAACCUGAAGCUACUCCUCAAUCAGUUGCUAUCACCCCCAAGCCGGUUGCAACGCCGUUUAAGUUUUCGUUGAAACCUACUAUUAAACCAGCUUGUGCUGGAUGCGGUUUAGUGGCAGCAGAUGAACCCACAACGAAACCGUCGUUAUCAACCCAAUAUCAAGGACAAAACGUGCCUUCUUUCGGAAUUCAGUCUCUGCCCUCUGACGAAAACUCGGCAGGAAAAGUUGAAGCUCAAAACUAUAAACAGCAAAACCAAAACGAAGUCGUACCUCCACAAUAUGAGGUUCCUCAAUAUCAAAACGCUGACUCUGGCAAUCAGCAUCAAUUAAAUCAAGAACUAGAGGUUCCAUACGUACAAGAACAUGAUAGAGGUGUUCCUGGAACUCAACAAUAUCAACCAGCCGUUGGACCUCAGAAUACCAACUACAAGCCUUUUGGACAAUCACCCAAUACUGCUGCGUCUCCAGGAGGUACAUCAAAUAAUGCUGGAUUCCAAGCUUCUCCAGGCUUAUCGAAUGUUCAAGGAGGAGGACAAUAUUCUAGUGAAGGUGAAGGUUCUCCAAAUGCUCAAAAAGGUCCUGGAUUUCAAUACCAACCAGCUUCUGGGCCACAAACUACCAACUACCAAUCUGGAACUGCUUCAGGAAGUCAAUAUCCCAAUCAAAACCAAGCUGGAUUUGCUGGAAAUAAUAACAAUCCUUCUGAUGUUCCUGAAGCAAACCCACUCCAAAUUCCCGGACAAGGACCGCAAAACCAAGUUUCAAACCUACCGCCCAUUUCCGUUGACGGCAACGUUAUCCACGUGGGUGGUUCCAAGAACCAAGACAUCCCUAUAAAAGACAAAUUCCCUGGAAUGAAAGAAGGCCUUCCCGAAGGUAUAGAGGAAAAGGACAUUACGCAACUGCUGUACAAGUUCCAUUACACUGUCGGAUUCCACGGGCAUUACGAAAAAGGUUUGAAGAACGGUGCCAAGAUUGGAGGUUACUUCGUGAAUGGUCGUGACGGAAUCAGCCGAGUAGUGACGUACAUUGCUGACGAAAACGGUUACAGGCCAAAAGUCAAAUUUAUAAAUCUCGGGUUGGAGUCGGACGAGACACCCAAAGCCGAGACCGAAAAGAAGUUUGGACUCAAGAGUUUCGAAUUUGUUUGGUAUCCCUUGUAAAUUGUUUAAAUAAUUUAUUUAUUAUAUUGUAUAAAUAUUGUAAUGCCAUAUAAACUUACAUUAAGUGCUCAUAUAAUACAGUAUUACAGUACUUGUUCAGUAAAUAUAAGUAUGGGUGAAUAAAAAUUGAUUUUUUUUCUAA